AUGAUAGCGAAGGUAACUGUGUUGCUGCUGGUGGUGGUGGUGGUGGGGGAGGCUGUCGCUGAAGACUACGAUCGCUACUCCCCUCCAGCACAUCACUCACGCUACGAACAGGAGGACAGGCCAUACAACUUCCAGUAUGACGUCAAGGACGACUACUCCGGCAAUGACUUUGGACAAAACGAACAGUCUGAUGGAGACACUGUCUCAGGCUCCUACACCGUCCAGCUCCCAGACGGCCGCAAACAGACGGUGAACUACGUUGCCAAGGACGACUACGGGUAUCAGGCGGAGGUAAAAUAUGAGGGCGAAGCCCAGUACCCCCACGAGUACGGUCCCCCCAUCACCUUCAAGCCCCAGUAUCAGCCAUCAUAUUAUCCACAGCCUUCAUACCAGCCCCAGCCCUCAUACCAGCCCCAGCCCUCAUACCAGCCCCAGCCCUCAUACCAGCCCCAGCCCUCAUACAAGCCCCAGCCCUCAUACAAGCCCCAGCCCUCAUACAAGCCCCAGCCCUCAUACAAGCCCCAGCCCUCAUACAAACCUCAGACCUCAUACCAGCCCCAGCCCUCAUACCAGCCCCAGCCCUCAUACCAUCCCCAGCCCUCAUACCAGCCCCAGCCCUCAUACCAGCCCCAGCCCUCAUACCAACCCCAGCUUUCAUACGAGACCCAGCACUCAUACGAGUCCCAGCACUCAUAUGAGUCCCAGCAGUCAUACGAGUCCCAGCACUCAUACGAGGCUAAGGAACAUUAUGAAUAG